UCAUAAUAUAAGAGCUAAGUUCGUGUCAUGUUUACUGUUCUCACUUCUCUCUCUCAUGUUCAUAAGUUUAGAGAGAGGGAGAGAGAGAAAGAGGUGAUGUGUCUCUAUUUGAGCACAGUACAUAUAUAGUAGCUGGAGGUAUAAUCAGUUGCAACUAUUCUAUAGAAUAAUCAAUUCUUCGGGUGGUGGGGCAGUUGCCGGCUCAGGCAGUUGGACAAGGAUUCGUGAGCUUUGUCUCAAACUGUUUUAGAAAGGGUUCAGUAUUGUUUUGAUUAUUGGGGUGGGGUGCUUCUUCUUCUUCUUCUUCUUCUUUCUUUCUUUCUUCCUUCUUGGUUUCACUUUGUUUUUGCUUCACAGAACAAGAUAGUACUCACCGUUGCCGCUUCAAUCUAUCCGAGGUUGCGUGGUUCUAUUAGUAGCAAAUGAUGAGAGAGUAAUGAAACAAAUUAUGCAACAUUUGCCUUCCUCUUUAUUUCAUUAUUCACCGUAAAAAUUAUACAUAAAGCAAGAGCUCACCACGGGGCACAAUAGUGUCAUAAAGGUGCUGAAGGCAGAGAUGAAUUUCCUUAUUAUAUCAGUGAGUGAUAAAUUUAACCUUUUAAGGGAAAUAAAAUCUUUAUUGGAGCUAUCCAAAUAAAUCAGUGAAAAUCUGGUAGACAUGGAGGACAGUGAAAGGUUUGAAGAGAAGUCCUUUCCAAACGGGGAUGUCUACAUUGGUAAAAUGAAGGACGUACUUCCCCAUGGAAAAGGAAAGUACACAUGGUCAGAUGGGACAGUUUAUGAAGGUGAUUGGGUAGAUGGGAAAAUGACGGGGAAAGGAGUGAUUACAUGGCCAAGAGGAGCAAAGUAUGAGGGUGAAUUCUGUGGGGGUUACCUUCAUGGUCAUGGCACCUUUACACAUUCUACCGGUUGCAUUUAUACCGGUGGGUGGAGGAUGGAUGCUCAUCAUGGGAUUGGGAGGAAGACAUAUUUCAAUUCAGAUAUAUAUGAUGGUUUAUGGAAGGAAGGAAUUCGUGAAGGCUGUGGAAGGUAUUCUUGGGAGAAUGGAAAUAUAUAUAUUGGGAAUUGGAAAAGUGGUAAAAUAAAUGGAAGAGGGGUUAUGAAGUGGGCUAAUGGUGAUAUUUUUGAUGGUUGUUGGUUAAAUGGACUUAAACAAGGAUCUGGAGUGUAUAAAUUUGCAGAUGGGGGGCUUUAUAUAGGGACAUGGAGUAAGGGCCUAAAGGAUGGAAAAGGAAUAUUCUAUCCUGCUGGUAGUAAACAACCAUCGCUAAGGAAGUUGUGCUCUCUUAACAGUGAUGAUAGUGGUUUGUUAUCUAAUACAGAAAAUCAUAAGCCUCCAAAACAAAAGUUUACACGUAGUUUUUCUGAAAAGAUUUCAGUCAGUGGUAGAUCAAAAAGUUCACGUCAAAUAUCACAUAGGACUUCAUCAUUAGAUUCAAAUUUUAGCCUUCACAAUCCUUCUGUAGAUUGCAUAUGUCAUGACUCUUCACCCUCAUUAUCACAGACUUUGAAUGAAAGUCAAUCUGAGGCCUCAUUAUCACCCUCUUUGGUUUAUGAAAGGGAAUAUAUGCAAGGAGUUCUAAAUAUGGAGAGAAUCAGGCAUUAUUCAGAAAUGCCACAUAAAAACAAACGGCAAAAUAAGCUUAGUGUGAAGCCGGUUAAGAAGAGUUCAUGGAUUGAUAUUUUUGGGGGCCGCCGGAGCUAUUAUUUGAAGCUUAAUUUGCAGCUUGGCAUCAGGUACACUGUUGGAAAGAUUACACCAGUGCCUGCACGUGAAGUUCGGUCAUCUGAUUUUGGAGAUCGAGCUAGGAUAAGGAUGUACUUCCCCAAGGAGGGUUCACAGCUGACUCCUCCACAUUGUUCUGUAGAUUUCUACUGGAAGGAUUAUUGCCCUAUGGUCUUCAGGAAUUUGAGAGAGAUGUUCAAAUUAGAUGCUGCAGAGUACAUGAUGUCCAUUUGUGGUGAUUCUGGUCUAAGGGACAUAUCUUCACCAGGAAAAAGUGGCAGCAUCUUCUUUCUUUCUCAAGAUGAUAGAUUUGUGAUAAAGACACUGAAAAAAUAUGAACUAAAGGUUAUGCUCAAUAUGCUUCCUAAGUACUACCAUCACGUAGGACGUUAUGAGAAUACUCUUAUUACAAAAUUCUUUGGUCUGCAUCGAAUAACACUAAGAGGUGGGAAAAAGGUGCGCUUUGUGGUCAUGGGGAAUAUGUUCUGCACAGAAUUGCAUAUUCACCGUCGUUAUGAUCUGAAGGGGUCUUCUCAAGGAAGAUAUACCAAGGAAGAAAAAAUUAAUAGCAAUACAACACUGAAAGAUCUUGAUCUAAAAUAUGAAUUUCAUAUGGAUAAAAAGUUACGAGAAUCCCUAUUCAAACAAAUUUCUCUAGACUGCAUGUUCUUGGAGUCUCAGCACAUAAUUGAUUACAGCCUUCUGUUGGGAUUACAUUUUAGAGCCCCGGAGAAUCUGAAGGCCUUAGUUGAACCUUCCAGACUAAUGCAACCUCAAUUGAGCUUACCUUCCGAAGAUGAUGCACACAAGCAAGGGGAGCAGUUGAUCAUUCCGAAAGGCUUGUUAUUGGUUGCUCAUGAACCCAGCUUUGUCAACACUGCACCUGGACCCCACAUUAGAGGAAAUACAUUGAGAGCAUACUCCAUCGGUGACAAGGAAGUUGAUCUUUUACUUCCUGGUACUGCAAGGCUGCGAGUGCAAUUAGGAGUAAACAUGCCAGCUCAAGCGACACGCAAGGUUCAGGAGGACAAGGUGGAGGAAUCAGAAGUAGAGCUUUUUGAGGUUUAUGAUGUAGUCCUAUACAUGGGCAUAAUUGACAUAUUGCAGGAAUACACUGUGAAAAAGAAACUUGAGCAUGCCUGCAAAUCACUGCAAUAUGACCCUAUGACUAUAUCAGUCGUGAAACCCCAGACUUAUGCUGAACGUUUCAUCAAUUUCAUGGAGAAAAGAGUUUUUCCGGAGCCAGAGACUCCUUGAAAUGUAUAUUUUACCUUUUCUUUGUAAUCAUUUGUUCUUAAAGAAGAGUAUUUUGUUACUUAUAUUUUACAUAUUUCUUGAUGCAAAUGUGUAUUCACUCCCAAUUUCCACAGAAUUAAAUUAAUUUUAUUUUUUUUGCAUUA